AUGGAAUGCCUGGCCUGCUCGGGAUGGCGAUUCUCGACGGACAAUCCACCUGUCAUGGACACGUCCAACUGCAUCUCGGUCCAGGUUCGGUCGGCCAUGGGCCUCGGGAUGCCUCAGUGGCUCAACUGGAGGCAUCCGCCAACGCCAACGCCAGCACCAGCACCAACCCCAACACCAACGCCAACGCCAGACCAGCAAACUGGUAGACUGCCAGACACUCCCAUGGCUCCAGCUCCGGCUCCCUCCCCGCUGUCGAUGGAGCGUCGGGUGAGGCGACAAGAAGACCUGGAAUCCGGCCCAGGUGGAUGUAUGCAUGUACCGCGCACCGGGACCACCAUACAUCGUACAUGCCGUGGCAGCUAG